GAACACAAACACAACAGGAAAGAAGGAAAAACAAAACAAACAAAAAAGAAACAAGUUAAAGCAUGAUGUCUCAAAAGGCAAAAACUCCAAAUAUUCUUCUCAUCUUAAGCUUCAUAUUCUCAUAUUUUGCUCUAUGCAACUGUGAAUGCAAAUUUGCAGUAACAAAUGAAACCACAAAAAUCAGAGGAAUGUUUGUAUUUGGUAGCUCAUUGGUUGAUAAUGGGAAUAACAACUUUCUUGAAAAAUGUAAGGCAAAGGCAAAUUACUUGCCAUAUGGAGUAGAUUAUGUAAAAGGACCAACAGGAAGAUUUACCAAUGGGAAAAAUGUGAUUGAUCUUCUUGGUGAUCAUCUAAAGCUUCCAACAAUUCCUACAUUCAAAGAUCCUACAACUAAAGGGAACAUGAUUUUACAUGGUGUCAGUUUUGCUUCUGGUGGUUCUGGCAUUCUGGAUGAAACUGGUGCUGUUUCUGGGGAAGUGAUGAGCAUGAAUGAACAAAUCAGAAACUUAGAGAAUGUGACAGUGCCUGAGUUGGAAAAGCAGCUUGGAUGCAACAGCAAAGAAGCACUGGGAAAUUACCUGUUCGUAGUGGGAACUGGAGGAAAUGACUUUUCAUUAAACUACUUCUUGAAUUUUCCACACAACAAUGCUACUCUUACAGCCUUCAUUUCUAAGUUGAUUACUGGACUCUCUCAACAGUUCCAGAGGUUGUACGACUUGGGAGCAAGGAAAUUUGUGGUAAUGUCAGUAUAUCCUAAUGGGUGCAGCCCAAUGGUUCUGGCUAGAGUUCCCAUUCCCAUGCGCACUGGCUGCUUUGAACCAGUAAAUGUACCUUUACAUCUCUACAACACUAUCUUAAGGAACUUUCUUGAUGAGCUAAUGCAAAAGAUGCCUGGUUCUAAGUUUGUCUAUGUCAAUGUCUACAAGAUCAUUAGGGAUGUCAUACUAACUCCUUCUCAAUAUGGUUUUGAUAAUACCAAAAAUCCUUGCUGUGAAGUUACAACCAUAGAGGAAGGUGGGAAUGAAACUUUAUGCAAAAAUGGAGGGCAUUCUUGUUCAAAUAGGGCCAAAUUUGUCUGGUUUGAUGGCUUGCAUCCCACAGAAGCUGUGAAUAUUGUGCUUGCUAACAAGGCCUUUGCUUCUGAUCUUGAUUGUGAAGUCCACCCUACAAAUAUUAAAAAACUCAUGGAAGAGUAAAUUGAUUAAUAUGGAUUCGUGUUCUUAUUCUCUUAGACUAGAUAGCAUACACCUAUAACAUUA